AUGACUAAAACUGCAACUGUUGUGGGGGCGACUAGUAACCAAGGAGCGGCUGUUAUUGAUGCCCUGAAGAAACAUGGAGGUUACAAAUUCCGCGGACUUACACGACGGCCUGAAAGCGAUGCCGCUGCAGCUCUCAAGAAACAAGAUGUAGAAGUUGUCAGGGCAGAUGUUAACGACUAUGCCUCCCUGGUGUCUGCCUUUGCCGGAUCCCAUUUCAUCUUCGGUGUUACAAAUUUCUUUGAACUUUUCGCAACAUCUGAAGAUGCAGAUAAAGCCAUGGAUACUGAGAUACAACAGGGCAAGAAUCUGGCAAAUGCUGCUGAGGCCACGCCAACCCUGGAGCAUUACGUCUGGAGCAAUCUUCCAGGAGCAUCCGUCAAAAGCGGAGGGAAAAUAAAGGUACCGCACUACGAUAGCAAGGAUAUUAGUGCUGGGAAAUAUGUUCUUGUGGGGAAUUUCGACCCGUCAAAGAUCAAUUACCCAACCAUUGGAGAUAUCAGGAAGAAUCUUGUCCCGUUUGUCGAGGCUAUACUGGACAAGCCUGAGAUGAAGAAAGGGGCAAUGGUGGUGGCGUCGAUUGGUACAUUCAAUGUAGUCGACAUGCUGCGAAAGCUUGUACGCGCACGUGGCAAAGAUUUCGAAUUUAUUGAGACUAGCAGUGAAACAUACUACAAGCUGUUCCCUCUAUGGGCGGAGGAAGGAAGCCUAAGCAACCAAGCAUGGACGGACGCGAAGUAUCCGAUGGUACUUCCGGAUGAGUUGGGCGUUGAUACUGGCUCAAUUGCAUCCCUUGAUGAUUCACUAGACGCGCUGGAAAUAUAA